UGCAUUCCACAGGAGCGCACAGGCAGACGGAACAGUGCGGUAGCCGGGGUUGUGACCGGCCAAAUCAACCUGUAAAUAGUUCUAACUGAUACGGCUGGCACACUUUAGUGUACACUUCAGUGUACAUUUAUGUAGAUAUUUCUUUAAAAGAAGGAAAAUAAAAAAGUGAAAUGCUGUUUUUCAUUAUACUUUUCUCAUAUUUACUGCAACUAAUAUCCUUAUAGAAUGACUUGUAUAGCUGUCUGUAACAACCGAUUAAACUGUGAGAGGAGCUGGUGCACCUACAUCCAAUAAGGUACUACACACAAUUUUUAUCCUAUCAUUGGGAAUAUAAUAAUCAUCAUGGUGAUCAUGACGGGGAGCAGCCAGGGGCCCCAGCCCAACCAUACCCAGGGAAGGCCUCUCCAGGUCGGCUUCUAUGAGAUCAUCAGCACUCUGGGGAAAGGAAACUUUGCCGUGGUCAAACUGGCAAGGCACAAAGUCACCAAAACACAGGUGGCCAUAAAGAUCAUUGACAAGACGAGACUAAACCCAUCCAACCUAGAGAAGAUCUACAGGGAGGUCCAGAUAAUGAAGCUGCUGAACCACCCCCAUAUCAUCAAACUCUACCAGGUAAUGGAGACUAAAGAUAUGCUGUACAUUGUGACAGAAUACGCCAAAAAUGGAGAGAUGUUCGACUACUUGACCUCAAACGGGCGCAUGAGCGAGGACGAGGCACAGAAGAAGUUCGGGCAGAUUCUGACGGCAGUGGAUUACUGCCACAGACACCACAUCGUUCACAGAGACCUCAAAACUGAGAAUCUACUGCUGGAUGCCAACAUGAACAUCAAACUGGCCGACUUUGGAUUCGGUAACUUCUACAACGCAGGCGAGCCCCUGUCUACGUGGUGCGGCAGCCCCCCUUACGCAGCACCCGAGGUGUUCGAGGGGAAGGAGUACGAAGGGCCACAGUUGGAUAUCUGGAGUCUGGGUGUGGUUUUGUACGUUCUCGUGUGCGGUUCCCUUCCGUUCGACGGGCCCAGCCUCCCUGCCCUCAGACAGAGAGUCACAGAGGGUCGCUUCAGAAUCCCCUUCUUCAUGUCUCAAGACUGUGAGAACCUGAUCCGUAGGAUGCUGGUGGUAGACCCAGCUAAGAGGAUCAGUGUGGCCCAGAUCAAGCAGCACCACUGGAUGCUGGCUGACCCCACAGCUCUUCACCAGACCCUCAGCAUGACCCUUCCCCUCACAGACUACAACUCUAACCUGGGGGACUACAGCGAGCCUGUCCUGGGCAUCAUGCAAACCCUGGGCAUUGACCGCCAGAGGACCAUUGAGUCUCUGCAGAGCAGCAGCUACAACCACUUCUCAGCCAUCUACUACUUACUGUUGGAGAGGAUCAGGGAGCACCGAGCCCAGCAGCUCAGCCGUCAGUGUGGGCCCUGGAACCAGAGACCCAGGAGCACCUCUGACUCCGGUACCCCAGAGGCCAUCAUGGAGGACAGCUUCCGACCUUCAGCCUACCCCAUCCAAUGCAAGAGCACCCCUCCCAUGCACGCGGAGAUGGAAUAUGACCAAGGUGCAUUGUUCCAACGUGUGGUGUUCCCGGUGGAAGCCAGUCUGAACCGACUGCUGUGUAACCACUCCAUCUCCCCCAACAGCCUGGUGGAGACCAGCAUCAGUGAGGAGGUGCGGCCCCGCGACCUGAAGGAAGAGGUCACACACACCUGCUCGGCCCUCAUCCUGCCCACCACCACCUCCCGGCGACACACCCUGGCCGAGGUCUCUGCUCGCUUCCACCAGUGCAACCCCCCCUGCAUCGUUGUCAGCCCCUCCGAUGGUGCGUCGUCUGACAGCUGUCUGAGGUCCUCGUCCACCCCCAACCCCGCUCUGCACCCCGCUGUAGGUGGCCUGUCAGCCGUGCUGGCCAUUGGGACUGACCCCGGGGCACUGGUCCCCGCCGAUAGCCCACCGGCCCUCUCCUGUCACCUCCUCCCCCAGACUCAGGCUGCCAGCUUCCAAGAGGGCCGCAGAGCCUCCGACACCUCCCUCACACAAGGUCUGAAAGCCUUCCGCCAACAGCUGAGAAAGAACACGCGCACUAAAGGCCUUCUGGGUCUGAAUAAGAUCAAAGGUCUGGCGAGGCAGGUCUGCCCUCCGACCUCCGACCGCAGUAGCCGUGGCACCUGGGGAUCAAUAGGCCCCACCAUCAGUGAGCACCGCAGCAUGCUGGAGGAAGUUCUGCACCAGCAAAGGAUGCUCCAGAUCCAGCACAAGCCCCAACCUCCGCCUCCUUGGCCAGCACCAACCCAGAAUCCCCCGUUCUUCCUGUCCAAGCAGCAGCCCCCCUCCCCCACCUCAGUCUUCGUCGCCCCCUCCACCCUGUCAACCCCAACACCCCCUGCCCUCCCACCAGAGCCCCUGGCUCUCCAGCAUGCCUUCUGGCAGCAACCUCUGGAGUUAUCUUCACCCUCCUAUGGCUCCUCUUCCUCCUGCUCCUCCUCUUCCUCCUGCUCCUCCUCUUCCUCUCUCUCCCCCGUGGGUACUGCUGCUUACCUCCUCGAGGCUCGACUGCACAUAAGCCAGCAGUCCAGCCUCUACCUCGAGACCAACCUCCACCCCCAGACCAACCCCCAGGACCAAGCCCAGGACCAGACCCAGGCUUUCACCAAGGGCCCCUUCCCCCUCAUGCCUAUGCAGGGGAUGUGGAGUCUCGAUUCAGCCUCCGGGAGAGAGUCUGAGAUGCAGGAGCUGGGCUGCGGUGGACAGCAGCAGCUGAGAAGCUGUGUGAUGGUGAAGUAAUGGAGGGAAAGAAAGGAGAAGCAGAAAACAACAACUUCUUAUUGGAACAGAGUGAUUGUUCUGCAUGACAACCAGAGGACAAAAUGUCCUGGUGAUGUCAUCACUGAUGGACAGGAAGGGUAAGCGACAGUGGGAACAGAACUUUGAGACGUGGAGUUUCUCAGACCAUCAGAUGACGAGCAGAUGACGACAGAUCAGAUCCUCUAAAAGUGUGAAAAGAGAACAAUUGGGUAGAAAAACUGAGCAAAGAGGAGAUAGAUUUUUUUUAACUGAUGCAAGUCACAAAUCUACACUCUUGAACAACAUGCAAACACACAUCUAGUUGUGUGUGUCUGUGUGUGAUCACAUAAGCUGAGAAUUAAGCAAUAACCAAACUCUGGAGUGACGGCUCUGAGGUCUCAUCCAAACCCCCAGAGAAGCAAUAAAGGUCUGGGACCCCCUCAACACAACAGGGGACCUCCGUUCCUCUCCUUUGUCCCUGAUGGGGAUCCCAACUUACCCCUGUCCCGCUGUGGAGGGGUGAGUGAAGGACUAGUCUUGAAACCCCAACGAGGACUGGUAUCAAUGUACCAUACUAGAUCAUUUUAGACCUAUUUCAACAGUUUCAUUUGUAUUUUUUUCAUCAAGUUUGAAAACAGGAGGAUCCAGUCUUCCUGAUUUUGUUUUGUGUUACUUUUCCAGUUUUGCUCAGUGUAUAUAUACCUUAAUUACUUAUUACUUAUUGUUUUCACUUAAUUAGAAAAGACCAAAGUUAUUUCUUUAUUUUUACUUUGUUUGUCUUUUGGAGAAGAUAUUACUUAUUGGUCACAUACACAUGUUUAGCAGGUGUUAUUGUGGGUGUAGAGAAAUGUUUGUGUUCCUAGCUGCAACAGUGCAGUAAUAUCUAACCAUACACAACAAUACACACCAAUCUAAAAGUAAAAGAAUGGAAUUUAGAAAUAUAGUAAUAUUUAGACGAACAAUGUCGGAGUCAGGAGUAUAAAUAAUUAUAUAUAUAUACACACAUAUAUAUACACAUAUAUAUAUAUAUAUAUAUAUAUAUAUAUAUAUAUAUAUAUAUAUAUAUAUAUAUAUAUAUAUAUAUAUAUAUAUAUAUAUAUAUAUAUAUAUAUAUAGUACCAGUCAAAAGUUUGGACACACCUACUCAUUCCAAGGUUUUUCAUUCUUUUUACUAUUUUCUACAUUAUAGAAUAAUAGUGAAGAAAUCAAAACUCUGAAGUAACACAUAUGGAAUCAUGUAGUAACCAAAAAAGUGUUAAACGAAUCAAAAUAUAUUUUAUAAUUGAGAUUCUUCAACGUAGUAACGUAAUCUUUGCACACUCUUGUCAUUCUCUCAACCCUUGAAUGAGUAGGUGUGUCCGAACUGUUGACAUGUACUGUAUGUAUGAGCGCAUAUGUGUGAUGGGAUGUAUAGACAUUGUGGACAGUAUGUAGAUAGAAUAUGUAGUAUAUCUGAAGAAUACGUGGAUAGAAUAGUAUAUGUACAGCAAUAGUUGAAUAGGAUGGACUUGACUAGAAUACAGUAUAUACAUAUGAAGUGGGUAAAAUGGGAUAUAUCAAUAUUCUUAAAGUGACCAGUGUUCCAUGUCUGUGUACAUAGGGUAGCAUCUUCUAAGGUGCAGGGUUGAGUAACCGGGUGGUAGCUGGCUAGUGACAGUGACUAAGUUCAGGACAGGAUACUGGUGGAGGCCGGCUUGUGAUGGCUAUUUAAUAGUCUGAUGGCCUUGAUGGCCUUUCAGUCUCUCGGUCCCCGCUUUGAUGCACCUGUACUGACCUCGCCUAGUCUGUAGCCAUCCUACAAACACGCAGUAUCAUAACUAUUCUAAACUUCCAAACUUUCUUUGAAGACAAUGUUAUUGUGAUUUCACAAACUGUGAUUUGUUUGUGCGAGAUUCCAGCUGAGCUUAUACUGCUUUCACCAGAGAAGAAAAAAUGACUUGCUGUGUGACUAAAGCACAAUAGGUACUGCUGUUAGCAAGCAGUGUGUGCAUGCGUGUGUGUGUGUGUGCACCUUACAAAAAGGUUGAUUUUCAAUUAAUCAUUUCUACUCAUGUAUGGUUACUUUCUACUCAUAUUCCCUCUGUAUUUAUGUCAUUUUAUAUGUCUCAAUUUGUAAAUAUUGUCAAAAUGUAAGACCCUGAAGACCUAUGAGCAUGAUGUCAUUCCCUAUCAGGGGAAAACAUUUACAUUUGAGUCAUUUAGUAGACACUCUUAUCCAGAACCACUUACAGUAGUGAGUGCAACCAUUUCCAUAACAAAGCUUUACCCACUAUACGUUUCACCUCAUAUGGGCUACGUGUAUGCUACAUGAUGUGGUGCUUUCACACAGCCAGAACAAAGACUUUGGGACUAUAGUGCAAUAUUUCACAUUGAAAUGCAGAAGAAAUGAGAGAUAGAGAGAUGACAUAAGAUACUACAGUAACUGCCUGCUGGUGUUCAUUCGAUUGUUGUUUUUUCUUUUUGUAUGAAUGUACAAGGUUUUCCGACCUUCAUAGGCAGCAAGCUGAGUAGAGCAGGUGGUAGAAAGCUUCUGUUUUUUGUUGAACAUAGAAAUGCAUAUGUUUAGAAGAAAGGACCCAAACCAUUUCACAGUGCUUUCCCUAUCGACAACAUGGUUGCCUGCUACUGCAUGAUGGCAGAACUCGAGAUUAGCCAAAGAGAGAGCAGCGGAGUAAGAGAAAGAAACACGUUGACUCAAAAUGUUAAGCUAGUGCUUUCAUGGCAUACUCUGUGUGGCCCCUGCAAUGAGAAAGCUGCUUCUGCCACUAGAUGCUAAUGCAGGACCAUGGCUGUAUUUGUUGAUGUAUUUUCUAAGAAAUAGAAAAGUUGUUUCAAUGAAUUGUCUGUAGGUGGUAAAGGUACAGUAUCUAGAUAGAGUUAUGCACAGCAUGUUUGGGUUUAUGUGUUAGGCCUAUUUAUGUGUGAAGUGGUCUCAUUUUGAACAACAUGUUGAAGGGGGAAAGUGUUUGAAGCCUGAAGCUAAAAUGUUGUUUGAUAGAUUUCUCUCUGAAAGCAGCAUUGUUAAUAUUUCUAAAUGACAUUUCAUUUUGGCUGAUUGCACUCACCACCAACACUUGUGCCUUCUUCAGAACAAACCCCAUACCUUCAGAGAAUCCCUGCUUUUCUCCAAUCAGCACACAGUGAAAACAGGUGGACCCGCCAUGGGCCAGACACUCAUAAGACCCAGUUUUCAUACUUUGAUUUAACUUGCUGUAUUAAAGAAAAAAAUAAGCAUUGCACUUUACAGUGAAUAUUUCUCAUUUCUGAAAUAGGUUUUGUUGUUCCUGUUAGUUGAGAAAACUGGUCACAAACGUAGUUUAACUGAACUAUUGAAACACUAGUAACCUUUUUGACACAGAUCUGUAAGAUGUUCUUUUUGGUAAAAUGUUGGAUGUGAAGAAAUAUGUUUUAUGAUUUUCCUGAUUUGCUACUUGACUGUGUGUGUGUUUGUAUGAAUGUUAUAUAGAAAGAUUGUUUAUUUAUGUGGCUAUUUAUUUGAAUAAAAUUAACUUCCUAAACAUAAA